AUGUCCCACGUCCCACCAACCGAGUCCAUUCCCAAACCAGAGGAACCUAAAGAACCACAACAGUCUCCUCAGCAACCUCAGUUCCAGCAAGUACCUCCGAUUUACUACCAAUUUCCACCUCAAGGUUACUACCCACCACAAGGCUUCCCGAACUACCCUCCUCAGCCUAUGCCUUACUUCCCCAACCCUUGGAUGUUCCAGCAAGCUCCACCCCAGCAAUUCCAAUCUCAAUCCAAAUCGAAGAGAGACCAAGAGUUCGAAGAAGGUCUGAACCGCUUACGCAAAGAGUAUGCCACAGCUCCAAUUGAGAGAAAGUUGUUCCCGGACCAAAAAUAUAAUUUAUGUUAA